AUGGCUGAAGAUGGAAACAAUAACGUUAAUUGUGAUUAUGAUAGUUGGUGUUUGUGGUUAUCUGGAGCAAAAAGGCAGAAUUAUAUCAACUUGUUCAAAUCUACUAAGAAGCCAGAUUGGAUGGCAUCCUACUUAUUUGAAGAUGAUAGAUAUGAAUUCAUUUAUGGAGAAGCAGCAGAAGUUGAAAACCUUUUAGAAAACAUUUCAAGAUUUGGAAUGUUAACAUCCAGUACAUCAUUGAAGAUAAUAUAUUAUGAUACUCCUCAAUUUGGAAUUGGAAGAAUACUGGAAAUUAUAAAUGUAAAAGUACCACUAAAAUUUGGUUAUAAAACCUAUGUUGUAAAAAAUUAUCUUUUAGGAUUAUUAAUUUUCCAAAGAGGAAUUUUAGAGUCUCUUAAAUGUUUAAGGAAUCUUGAGAAUUUAAUUGAAAGAAAAAUGAAUGUGUCUGCAAAUACUUUAUAUAUACCACCAUUAGAACCAGAAGAUGAU